AUGAGGUUAAAGGACUCGGGGCCCCUUCGGCCCUACGGCGACCCUCGCCUCCACUCCCCCUCUUUGUACGGCGAAUUCAUUCAGCGUUUGGUCGAGGCUGGCGUAGCCGAGCUGACGCUCGAGCGACCUACCGAGGUGGUGGAUUGCUUCUUUGUAAAAAAGGGGGGCGGCAAGCAGCGGCUGGUCGUCGACUGUCGGCGGUCUAAUCAACAUUUCGAGCCGCCCGCCCCUGUCAGCCUAGUCUCUGGCGACACUCUCUCCCAGGUGCAUGGCGACGACUCCCUCGGUCAGCCCGUGUUUAUUGGCCAGGUCGAUAUAAAAGACGCUUUCUAUCACAUGGAGCUCCCGGAGGGGCUCCGCCAGUAUUUCGGGCUGCGUAGAAUUCGGGCCUCGUGGGCGGGCAUCUCUCAAUACGUAGACAACUAUGUGGUGAUUUCGACGAGCGAGGCGGUUGUCCGCGAGCGCUUGGCAGGAGUGUCCCGGGCCCUCGAGUCUCGGGGGCUGCCGCUGCAUAAAGAGUCUGUCUCUUGCGAUCGGGCCGUCGUGCUGGGGUGGGAGAUCGAUUGCCUUCGGCGCACCUUCCGCCCGACCCCCGAGCGUGUCUGGAAGGCUCGUCUCGCUAUUCGGGGUCUUUUGGCACGGGCCUCGGUCUCUGGAGGGGACCUGGAGCGCCUCCUGGGCCAUCUGUGCUUCAUCGGCCUGUGUAGGCGAGAGUCGCUCAGCGUGUUCAAAUAUUGCUACAGGUUCUGUGAGGAGCUCGACACCUGGGACCGUAUCGCCCCGCUCAUCUGGGUCAACACCUCUGCGGGUACCUGUCCAGACGUCGUCGUGGUGGACGCGUCGCCGUGGGGCCUUGGGGAGAUCGAGUCCCCAAUCACGAGCAGCCUCGAGCCCAAGUUGGCGACGGACCUCAGGAGGUGGCGCACCCCGUACAAAAGCGCCUCCGCUUCCAGGGCCGGCAUAGACGUCGAGGCCCGUUUCCACCUCUGCCUCCCGCACACCCUCCAGGGGGCCCUCAAGAGGUCCAAGGGGACGUCCUCGAACGACUUCGUGCGCCGGCGGUCGAACUCGCUUUCGGGGCGGUGGUGUCGAGACUGGGGUCGCACGAGCUCCAUCAGGAUCCGCCUGUCGGCCUCCCCCUCACCUCCGUGCAGCUGCGCAGCGGCCGCGGCGAAAGGACGGUCCUCUUGCGAUGGCAUGCUCUCGGUGACCCGUCGGCUGGGCGCCCUGCUGCUGGGGACCGGCAGCCUCCUGCGGUCGCGCUGGAUCGCGUCGGAGCUCAACCCUGCGGACGGACCCUCGCGCGGCCGACCGGCGCCGAGCGACCCGCUUGCCGGCCUGCGGCGCGAACUCGCGACCGCCGCCGGCGAGGGCCGCGAUGCUGGCGCGCGGCAGGUCCGACAGAUCGAGGACCCCCGCGGGCCGCCAGCCGCCGCCGCCCAGUUCGGGGCCCAGAUGAGCCUGCUUCGGAGGGCCUCGGUGUCGGCGAAGACGCAGGCCCAGUACUCUCUCUACCUGGCCGCCCUGCACAGGUUCUGCGACUCCCGCGGGGACCACCCGAACACCGAGGAGGAGUGGGACAUCGCCACCGCGGGCCUGAUGGAGAUCAUGUUCAUGGAGGGCGGCUCGUUGAGCGCGGGCGAGAAGCUCCUGGCGUCGGUGCAGUGGGCCGAGCCGCGCCUCGGCAGGCUGGGGGGCGGGCGGAUGCCCGUCUGUCGGCAGUGUCUGCGAGGCUGGCGCCGCGCUGCCCCGUCAGGGGGCCGCUUGCCCCUGCCCUACGACGUGGUGGCGCUCCUGGCGUGCUGGAUGAUCUGCCAGGGGCUGAGACCCCACGCGCUGGCCAUCCUCAUGAUGAUGGAGCUGUACUUGCGGCCAGGAGAGCCAUUCCUGCUACGGGGCCGCGACGUAGUGGCGGGGUCCCUCAGCGGAGCUCGCGAGUGGACCCCCACGUCGGUCCUGCUCCACCCGUUCGAGAUGCGGACCCCGUCCAAGAGCCAGGAGUUCGACCAGACGAUCGUCCUCGACCUCGACCGGCAGGCGGCGCUCGCGGACGUCCUGGUGCAGCUGGGGCUGGAGCGCGGCGUGGGGCCCUUGCUGGAUCUGACGCCCAGCGCCCUGCGCCGGGCCCUGGACGAGGCCGCGGCUGCCUGGCGCCUGGGGCCCCUCGGGCCGCUCGACGCCUACCGCUUCCGGCACACGGGGGCGAGCGUCGACUUCGCGACCGGCGCCCGGCGGCUGGAGGAGAUCCAGCGCCGAGGGCGGUGGCGGUCCGCGCGGAGCCUCCGCCGCUACGAGCACGGGGGGCGACUGGCCGACCUCUUGCGCCGCCUGCCGCCCGACGUGCAGCGGGCGGCGGAUGCCGUCUUUGGGCCGCUGAGGGCGCCGACCGUCGCCGUGUUCUUCGAGCUGUUCGCGGGCUCGGGCCACCUGUCCGACGCCGUAGAGCGGGGAAAUGUCCCCACAUUGCGGUGGGACAUCCUGUACGGCCCCGCCUACGACCUGCGCGACCCCAGGAGCGCCCGUCUCAUUCGAGGCUGGAUACGGGCGGGGCUCGUCUGCGGCCUGCAUGCUGGCUUCCCUUGCGAGACCUUCUCGCGGGCGCGAGACCGCCCCAACGGCCCUCCGCGGCUCCGGUCCCAGGAGCACGUCUGGGGCCUGCCCAGUCUCCAUCCCGAGGGCGCCGAUUUCCAGAAGGUGAAGUGGGGCAACCUGUACGCGCGGCUCACGAUAUCCUUCUGCGUGCUGUGCUGCCAGUGUUUCGCCCCCUGGUCCGUCGAGAACCCCGCGCUGAGCUACGCGUGGCAGCUGCCGCCGAUGCUGUCCCUGCUCCAGCGCCGGCAGGUCACGACCCAGGUGAUCGAGUACUGCCGGUUCGGGACGCCCUGGUCCGUGCGGCGCGGCUUCGUCCGGAAGGUGUACGGGAUAUUGGGCACUCAGCUGCUGGUCACCACCGUGCUGGGCGGGGCUGUCAUGAAGAAGAGCGAGUCCAUGGACCCGGAGAUUGGCACCGUCCUGAUGUUUCUGUCUUUGCUGGGCUCGGUUGCGACCAUGAUGGUGUUCUGGCGCUGUCCUCAGGUGAUGCGCCGUUCUCCCACGAACUAUAUCCUGCUGGGGAUGCUCACCCUCGCCAAGAGCGUCAUGGUUGGCUUCAUCUGCAGCCAGUACAGCGAGGAGUCGGUGCUGGUCGUCCUCGGCCUGACGUGCUUCAUCCUGGCGGGCCUGACCGCGUUCACGUUCCAGACGAAGUACGAUUUUACUGGUUUCGCGUCGUACCUGAUGUGCGGAUCACUCGUCAUGCUCGGCAUGAGUUUCGGUCCGAUGUUCGGCUCCAUCUUCGGUCUUUCGGGCGCGGCCUUCCAGACCGCCCGUCUCUGCAUGUGUGGGCUUGGCGCCUUGCUCUUUGCAGCCUACAUCGUGUACGACACCCAGAUGAUCCUUGGGAACAAGCACCCAAACCGCAAGUUCUCGGUUGAUGACUACGCCGCGGCGGCCAUCAUGCUCUACAUCGACAUCGUCCAACUGUUCCUCUACCUCCUGGAGCUCCUCGGCGACCGCAGGGACAGCCGCGACCGCGGCGUGAGGGGUGCCCGCGCCCGCUUCCAGCCGGCGCGGUAUCCUGUAAAUUGGGUGUCAGCCAUGAGGGCGAUAGAGGAUGUUGACGGGCAGGCCUCAUUGCAGCACGCAUGGGAUAUGACACUGAUGGCAGUUGAGCAAGAGUUGCGUGCACGGUAUGACAAGGUAGGAGCUGGUUAUGAGAGAUACCUUGGACGAGGAGGACCAGUGCAGACUAAGUACGUCAAGGCGCAAUGGAAUCCGCGACAGGUGCGGCUACAGCAUGGGCCGCGACUUCGAGCUUGGCUUCAGGCUGCGCGUUGGGCUAAGCAUCUCAUGAAAGUGCGGGCCUUUUGGUGCAAGAUGGCUGAGGCGUUCAAGCUUGAGGGUAGAAGCGCUGGCAAGUUUUACCUUCCUGAUUACACGAGUCCGCACUCUGACAAGGUCGUGGUAUUGGAGACUACGAAUGAAGAGAUGGAGGAGGCUUGGCAGAAGGCGCCCUUGAACGCGCUCAACCUGACGCGGUGGUCAAACACUUUGAGGCUCGGCUUCAGGUCCGUGCGGCACGGCUUCGUCCGGAAGGUGUACGGGAUAUUGGGCACUCAGCUGCUGGUCACCACCGUGCUGGGCGGGGCUGUCAUGAAGAAGAGCGAGUCCAUGGACCCGGAGAUUGGCACCGUCCUGAUGUUUCUGUCUUUGCUGGGCUCGGUUGCGACCAUGAUGGUGUUCUGGCGCUGUCCUCAGGUGAUGCGCCGCUCUCCCACGAAUUAUAUCCUGCUGGGGAUGCUCACCCUCGCCAAGAGCGUCAUGGUUGGCUUCGUCUGCAGCCAGUACAGCGAGGAGUCGGUGCUGGUCGUCCUCGGCCUGACGUGCUUCAUCCUGGCGGGCCUGACCGCGUUCACGUUCCAGACGAAGUACGAUUUUACUGGUUUCGCGUCGUACCUGAUGUGCGGAUCACUCGUCAUGCUCGGCAUGAGUUUCGGUCUGAUGUUCGGCUCCAUCUUCGGUCUUUCGGGCGCGGCCUUCCAGACCGCCCGUCUCUGCAUGUGUGGGCUUGGCGCCUUGCUCUUUGCAGCCUACAUCGUGCACGACACCCAGAUGAUCCUUGGGAACAAGCACCCAAACCGCAAGUUCUCGGUUGAUGACUACGCCGCGGCGGCCAUCAUGCUCUACAUCGACAUCGUCCAACUGUUCCUCUACCUCCUGGAGCUCCUCGGCGACCGCAGGGACAGCCGCGACCGCGGCGUGAGGGGUGCCCGCGCCCGCUUCCAGCCGGCGCG